AAAUUAUACUUCAUCAGCAUAGCGGGAAAUCAGUCUUUGUUCAUUUCCAAUCAAAAUUUCAAAAACAUGAGUUCUACAGCAGAAACAAAAUCAGUUGGGGGUAGAGGAAAGGCUAAAGGUUCAAAAAAAUCAGUGUCCAGAUCUCAAAAAGCAGGUCUUCAAUUCCCUGUUGGUCGUAUUGCUAGGUAUCUGAAAAAAGGUCGAUAUGCUCAACGUCUUGGAUCUGGUUCACCCAUCUAUCUCUCUGCAGUUCUCGAAUAUCUUGCUGCCGAGGUGCUAGAGCUUGCUGGGAAUGCCGCGAGAGAUAACAAGAAGAAUAGGAUUGUUCCGAGGCAUAUACAACUUGCUGUGAGGAAUGAUGAAGAACUUAGCAAGUUGUUGGGGUCGGUGACGAUUGCUAAUGGUGGAGUUCUUCCCAACAUUCAUUCAAAUUUGCUUCCUAAGAAGAAUGCAAAGGGGAAAACAGAACCUGGAUCCCAGUCACAGGAGUUCUAGAUUUAGGUGUUCUAUUUAAUUAGACCACGGCUUAGGAGGUUGUAGUAGGUUUUUGUGAAUUGGUAAUUGUAUCUGGUUCUGGGAUAGCUUUUUGUUCUGUUUAUUGCCCUAUAUGUGAAUGAGAAGUUCGUUUGUUUCA